AUGGCCGGAGGAAGCAGUAGAAGGCCUGCCGGAGUGCUGCCGGAGUUUGCAGGAGAAAUUCGGCAAAUUGCGGUAGUGAGCUACUGCAACUUCAUCGGGUACUGCUUCGCCGGAGUGUGCAGGAGGCCGGAGGGUAGUAAGCAGUAUUCGGGUGUCUACAAAACUGGUGUUAAGCAUCCGAAAACGGCGAUCGUGAGCGUCGAUCAAAUUCUUAAUUUUGAUUCUACAAGAACCAAAGAAAAGGAUUUUUUCGUAAAAUGUGGCGAUGAUCAUUGCUUAGCGGCAGUGAGAAUUACUGGAGAUACAAAGAAUGAACUCAUCGAAAUUCUUAAGAAGAAAAGGUUGACUUUUCCACCGAAUCAUUUGAUGAGGGUUCCGUCUUACCUUUCGACACCAGCCAAUAUGUUAGGUCAGAAGAAAACCUGCCACAUCCUGGAAUGCAGAAACUCCUUGGCAAACUAAGCGCCACAAAAUCUUCAAUAAAAAAAGAGCCUGCUAGGAU